AUGAAGGCAGCAGCUGCAUGCAUGUUCCUAAUGCUGGCACUAAUGCCCAUCUUCUAUGUGGAGUCGGCCUCAAAACAAGAAGUUGACUGCAGUGGCUUUAAAAAACUGCCACCAGGCAAGGUCCGGUUCUGCCCACAAAUAUAUGAACCAAUAUGUGGUUCUGAUGGAAAAAAAUACUCCAAUAGUUGUUUUUUUUGCUCUGCUGUUAAGCAGAGUGAUGACAAAAUCAAAUCUGUACAUCUUGAGGAGUGUUGA